AUGUCAUUUUUGAAUAAUUUGAAUGCAUUUUUAGACGGAGAGGAUGAUGAUGAUGAUAUACAUGAAUCAGAGAGAGCACCAGUAAUUGCAAAACCUAAUACAAUUCGAAGAAUCUACAACACUCCCUUUUUCGAAAAGACUAAUUUUAGACUGAAUCAAAAACAAAUUUCAACUGCAGAACCACUAAAAACUGAUUUGAACCGAUUCAGAUACAGUGAUGACGUUCAAAUAGAAAAUUUGAAUCAAUCUUCAACGAGGAAUACGAAUUAUAGUUCAUUCCAGAAUAAAUUUGAACACAUCCAAGGCGUUGAAUUACUUGAAAAUAGGUUUGUCGUACAAAGAGAUGAUAGUAGUACUAAUCAUAAUCAAAAUCAAGUUGCUAGUAAUUUUAAAAGAAGAACCAUUGGUCCACCAAGACGAUCAAAUAUCAUUUCCAACUCCAGUGGUAAUGACAGUGCUUCGACUAAUUUAUUUGUCAAUUCAUCUUUCUCAUCCAUGAUUCCAAAAUUGAAAAUAGAUGUACUUCCACCACAUUUAAGAUGCGUUUUUCCUUUUGAUGAGUUUAAUGAAAUGCAAUCCAAGAGUUUUCAUCCAAUUUAUGGUUCAUCCAAAAAUUGCGUAAUUAGUGCUCCAACUGGAUCAGGAAAAACAGUUUUGUUUGAACUAGCAAUUCUCAAAGCAGCAGAACAAAUGGAAGAUUUUAAAGCAUUGUAUUUAGCUCCUACCAAAGCCUUGUGCAGUGAAAGAAAAGAUGAUUGGACAAAAAAGUUUUCUCCAUUAGGAAUUACAGUAGGUGUAUUGACAGGAGAUUCGUCUUUUAAAGAAGCUGAAAAUGUUCGAACUUCAAAAGUUAUUAUUUCAACUCCAGAAAAAUGGGAUAUGAUCACAAGAAAAUGGAAAGAUUAUAAAAAAUUAUUUGGUUUAAUUAAAUUACUAUUGGUUGACGAAGUUCAUAUUUUGAAAGAAACAAGAGGUGCAACAUUAGAAGUAGUUAUGACUCGAAUGAAAAGAAUUUGUUCAGAAAUAAGAAUCUUAGCAAUAUCUGCAACAAUUGCAAACGUUCAUGACAUCGCAAAUUGGUUAGAUGCUGAAGCUUUGAAUUUUGGAGAUGAAUACCGAGCAGUUCGAUUGAAAAAAAUUGUUUCUGGUUACAAACCUCAUAGUGAUAACGAAUUUUCCUUUGACAAUUUUUUGAAUACUAAAUUAAUUGAGGUAAUUAAUAAACAUUCAAAUGGUAAGCCUGUUCUUAUCUUUUGUGCCACUAGGAAUAGCUGCCAGGGAACUGCAAAAUAUUUAUCAGAAAAUUAUUUGAAUAGAGGAAUAGCAUUGAAACUUAAAGAUAAAGACUUGGCAAAUUAUGUAAAAUUAGGUGUUGCUUUUCAUCAUGCUGGUCUAGUUAUAGCUGAUCGGAAACAAAUUGAAUCUGCAUUUUUGGGAGGUAGUAUCAAAUACUUAUGUUGUACUUCUACUUUGGCAGUUGGAAUGAAUUUACCUGCAUAUUUGGUUGUAAUUAAAGGAACGAAAUGUUGGUUUGAAAAUUCAUUUCAAGAAUAUACAGAAACUGAUGUUUUACAAAUGAUUGGAAGAGCAGGUAGACCUCAAUUUGAAAAAGAUGGUGUUGCCGUUAUAAUGACAAAUAAAAGCACUGAACAAAAGUAUGAAAGAUUAUUAAAAGGAACAGAAAAAGUUGAAAGUACUCUUCAUUUAAAUUUUGCAGAAAAUUUAUUGGCAGAAAUUGCUGUUGGUAAUAUAAAUUCAAUUGAAGAUGCUUUAAGUUGGUUGAAAACUACUUAUCUUUAUGUUAGAUUGUUAUUGAAUCCAUCAUAUUACAAGCUAGGUUUUAAUAAUAAUGAUGAGAGUUUAAUGGAGUUUUGCAAAACACACACGGAUGCUUUAGAACACGAGCAGUUGAUGGAAAACUUUAAGUGUACUGCAUUUGGAUUCUCAAUGAUUAUGCAUUAUAUCACGUUCAACACAAUGAAAGCUGCAAUGAAUGCUGGAGAAAAUUUAACGAUUUCAGAUUUAUUGGAUUUGUUAAGUAAUGCAUCAGAAUAUUCAGAAAUGAGAAUUAAACAUCAAGAAAAGAAACUUUAUAAAGAAAUCAACAAAUCUCCCUUAAUGCGUUAUCCUUCAGAGUCAAAAGUUAAAACAAUAAUUCAAUUUGAAUUGGGUGGGCUAGAAUUUCCAGAAUAUAAUGGAGCAAUGAAAUUACAUUCAAGUUUUAUUGGAGACAAAUUUUAUAUUUUCAAACAUUUAUCAAGAAUCUUGACAGCGAUAAUGGAUGUGUUCGUUGAAAAGAAACAAGCAGUUUCUUUAAUCAAUCUGAGUUUCUUGAUGAGAUCAAUAUCUGGAAGAGGCUGGGAAGGUUCUCCAAAUGAAUUACGUCAAUUAGAAGGUGUCGGUUUAGCAGCUAUGAAGAAAUUUGUCAAUCAUAAUGUUUUAUCAAUUGCGGAUGCAAAAUCCUUAACUCAAUCUCAAAUAGAGCAUUACUUGGGUAUUAAAGUUGGUGCUGGGGCUAAACAUAAAAAAUUGUUAUCACAAAUUCCUAGUAUUAACUUACAAUUAAAUGACAAUGGGUCAAUAAUCUCGGUAAAGGCAGAUGUUAGUCCAACUUCAACCGUUUGGAAAAAUCGUGGUUUGUUCUUACAAUUUAUCAGUUCUUCUGCCGGCAAAGUAGUUGAUUUCAGAAGAAUGUCGCUAAGAAAUAUAAAACAAUCAGUUGAGUUUGAAGUUAAGGCACGAAACUUACAAGUUGAAGCAUCUAUUGAUAUUGCAGGAGUUGUGGCCACUCAAAAUUGUAGAAAUAUGGAAGAAGUUGAUCCAUUUGAUGAUGAUUUUGAAUUUGAUUCCACUCCUAAUGAAUUUGGUUUGAUCAAAAUUGAUAAAACAAAAAGUACUAUGACAAGCGGAGCUAAAACGGAUAAUGCGGCCCUCAAGAAAUGUAAUUCUAAAAGCACAAAUGUUAAAGAUAAAGAUAUCAAGUCAAAUAUUGUAUCAUCACCAAAUGUGACUGAAGAGCUGGUUACGAAUACAGUAAAUCCAAUUACACUUGAUCCUCAAACUCAUGAAAAAGCACCUACAAUUACGAAAAAACCAAAGAAGAUUAAAAGGAAAACAAUUUUUUCAUCAUCAUCAGACUCAGAUUUCUAUCAAUCGAAGAAAAAAGUUCACUUAGAGAAAAAAGUCAAUAAAGAGCCAAGUCAGCAAUUUUCUAAGGUAGAAAAUAAUCCAAGAUUAGAAGAGAAUUAUAAAGCUAAACCAAUCAUUUCAUUUGCAUCUAGUUCUAGUUCUGAUGAUCUAUUUAAGGUAUCUAAAAAAAUUUCAAAAGUUGUAGCUGAUGUUGAUAUUAAGGCUGGAGAAAUUCCAAGUGAAAUUAUUGCUCCCAUUGAUAGCUCGGCUGCAAUGAUCAAUCCAGUUGAUACUGAUUUGCAAAAUGAGUUUUCCAAUGUUCUAGCAAAAGGUGAUCUGAUCAGUCACAGCUUGUUAGCUAAUACGACUCAUGAACAGAUUAAUUAUGCUGACAAAAUGCUUUUGAAUUCUUCUCCCACUAUUCAAGCUAGUAAAUUUGACUUAGUUGAUGAUGUCAUUGAAAUUAAUCCUACUUCCAUUGCUGAUCCUAAACUUUCAUCCGAGGAUUCAAUAUAUCGAAAUUUUAAAGCUAUUAAGGGUCCUAUUGAUGAAGUCAAAAACACCGACAAAUUUCAAGAAAACAUGUCUGAUGAAUCAUUAGGUGAGUUGCAAAAAUUUUUUGGUGAAGAUGUUAUUAUUGAAAUUUAA